GUUCACCAAAAUCAGUAGAUUCAGCAAAUUCCAUUAAAGACGGCUGUCUAGAUUUGUACCUCUCUAAUAUAUACUCAUAAGCUGCCAUGUUCAAAGUUUCAGCCAGAGCUUUUCCCAGAAGAAGCCCAAUCUUUUCUUCGAAAUGUUUUGCUUCAACUCUAACUCUUAUUGAGACCAAUGGGUCAAAAAUAUCUCCUGCUUCAUUGUCCACUCUUAAUGCUGCCUCUAAGUUAAACCAGCCAAUAACUUGUUUAGUUCUUGGUUCUGAUGCCAAAAAAAUAUCUGAAAGUGAGUUCAAAAAUUUAGAAUUAAGUUCAUCAAAUUUAAAAAUCUCUAAAAUUCUUUAUAAUGAAAAUUCAAAUUUUGAUCAUUUAUUAGCUGAAAACAUUUCCAAUAUUUUAACAAAUUUGAUUAAUGAUUCUAAAAAUGAUAUCACUCAUUUUUUCGCUAAUAGUUCAUCAAUCGGUAAAAAUAUUAUUCCAAGAGUCGCUGCUUUAUUGGAUGUUCAACCAAUUUCUGAUAUUAUUAAUAUAAAGGAUUCAAAGACUUUUAUCAGGCCAAUUUAUGCUGGAAAUGCUAUAGCAACCGUUGAAUCAAGCGAUAAGUUAAUCUUAUCAACAAUUCGAUCUUCUGCUUUUUCUCAAAUCUCAUCAGAUUCAUCAAUUAAUAAUUCCAUUGUUAUUGAGGAGUUGCCAAUAAAUGAUUCCGAUAUCACUAGUAAUAAUGAUAACAAGAUUACUUGGGUAUCUGAAUCACUAACUAAAUCUGAAAGACCCGAUUUAAGUUCUGCAAAGGUUGUUGUAUCUGGAGGUAGAGGUUUGAAAUCAAAAGAAAACUUUGAUAAAUUAAUCGAUCCAUUAGCAAAGGCUCUUAAUGCAGCUGUGGGUGCAUCGAGAGCAGCCGUUGAUGCUGGUUUUGUUGAUAAUUCUUUACAAGUUGGUCAAACAGGUAAAGUUAUUGCCCCAGAUUUGUAUUUUGCUAUUGGUAUUUCGGGUGCGAUCCAACACUUGGCUGGUAUGAAAGAUUCUAAAACUAUUGUUGCAAUAAAUAAAUUAGAAGAUGAGCCAAUUUAUAAAAUUGCUGAUUAUGGAUUAGUAGGUGAUUUAUUUGAAAUUUUGCCUGAAUUGACUGAAAAAAUUAGUGCUUUAAAGAAAUGAGCUAAUUUUAAGAUAAAACUAAUUGCAUAUUUGAAAAUAGGCAUUUUUUUUUCUUUCUGUUUAAUUGGUAACUGAAAUAUUCUCCUUAUAAAUACGAUAUUCUGAACAAACUUUUCUAUUCCUAUUCUAUAAAAAUUUACUAUACGAUAAAAC